AUGCUGAAUGCGACCCUCCUAAAGCAUCUACGUUUGAACCCGAGACUCAAAGCAGCUACCAUUAUAGAGCGAGACCUCUACGUAGACAACGUAGUAUCCAGCUUUACAAAUGAAUUGGACCUCUUGAACUACUUCUGGGAAUCCAGAACACUGAUGUCCAACGCCGGCAUGAAUCAACGUUCCUGGACCUCUAACAGCGACAAUUUACGUCAUACCGCAAGUACCGUCGGCGUACUCGAUAGUGAUGAGUUAAUAAAGAUCCUAGGCUUACGUUGGAAUCCCACUAGUGACAUGCUGUCAUUUCCCCCAAGAGUUAUUUCCCAACUAGACAAAGUGACAAAGAGAGCAGUCUUGAAGUAUACAUAUAGAAUUUAUGACCCACUAGGCCUGCUUAGCCCUGUAACCAUCAGAACCAAGAUUCUACUACAAGAUCUAUGGAAGAAAAGUUAUGACUGGGAUGUCCCGUUACCAGAAGAUAUACAGCACGCAUGGCAUACCCUUAGCUUCGAUUUGAAUUCCGCACAAACCAUGACCUUACCCAGAUUACUGCUGCCUACCGCUAGUUCCGGACUUGACAGGACCUCAGGGCAGUUACACGUGUUUGUAGACGCCAGUAUGGCAUCAUAUGGAGCCGCAGCGUACAUCUGCUAUAGCACCGACGCACGACUUGUCAUGGCGAAGAAUCGAGUGGCACCCCUCAAGAAGCUCACACUACCACAACUAGAAUUGAUGGCUGCCUUGAUUGGUGCAAGACUAGGUUCCCAUCUACAGAAGUCGCUCAUGGUCACAGACAUUACAUAUCGGUCCGACAACCAGAUCGUCCUACACUGGUUGAAGUCAUCGAAACCUUCCAAGAAAUUUAUUACCAACCGAGUAUCCGAGAUAUCUAACUUAACCCCAGGGUCGUCAUGGAGAUAUUGCCCAACAGAUAGUAACCCAGCGGAUCUACUUACCCGAGGCAUCACUGCAGAUAAGUUCCUGAGUAGCAGUCUGUGGAGUACCGGUCCCUCCUGGUUAUGUGACACUAGUACGUGGCCUACUUGGGAUUCUACACAGGCAUUAAUGCAGACGACCAGUGAAGAGCAGACGACAUUAUAA